AUGGACUCUCCAGGCUACUUCACCAUCUACGGUGGAACCGCUUCCCCGGCCGCGCCAAUCCAGUCGCGUCCUUCCCUGCAGCACCCGCAAGGGAGCGGGGGCCGACGCAACCGGCGUGGCGGCGGUCGCUGCCGCCUGCAGCAGCCGCAGGCCCAGGACGCCGGGGGGAGGGGGGCGCCGCACUAUCAGCAGGCUCUCCCCGCUGGCCACCAGGCGUUCAUCGGCGCGCCCUUCCAGCCGACUGGCGCCGGCUAUGGCGCCCUCCCCGCGCUGCCGCCCCUCGAUGGUUAUGGCCCGCCCGUCCCGGCUCCGUCCUACGGGGGCCUUCCGCCGCCGCCGGUACCUGUGCCAUGGGGCCCCACCCUCCUCGCCGCCCAGAACUCCGCACCGUCGUUGAGUAGCUCUGUCGGUGGAGGCGACUGGUACAUGGACUCAGGUUUCUCCGGCUUCGGCCCCUUCGGCGCCGGCCCCCGCGCCCCCUUCGUGGAGCGAUGCGCGGCGGCAGCCCCCGGCGGCGCCCCCGGCACGGCGCCCUAUGCCGCCACCACCAGGCUUCGUGACUCCCUCCCCCGAGGUCGAGUCCGCGCGGGCCCCCGGGUCCCCGUCUCCCUCAUACGAGGUUGA